AUGAUCGGAAAGUUGUUAUGUCUAGUUGUCCUAAUUGGUAUUGUAGCGGGGGAAAAAUAUGUUUUUGAAUUCGGAGUUGACCAAGGAUUGGUAUUAUGUAGCGAAACUGGAAACGUCGGAGCUUUUGAAUAUAAUAAAAAAAUAAACCUACCCAUUCCAUCGGGCAUGAAAGUUAACUACGUUAAAGUAAUUGUGGACGCACUCGCACCACCUAAAGUUGAAUUUGAUUCUAGCUUCAACCAAAUUAAACUGAGCUAUUCCUUCUUACAAAUCACUUUCUCUAGCUACCAAAUUAUUGCCAAGGGUGAGCCAAUAGCAUGA